GGGGGACAGGGUUUCUUCCAGCUUUUGAAUGCUGGAUUGCAUCAGUGGUGACAGGGAUAACACGACGAAGCUCCCAAGUUUUCGAAGAGGACCAUGUUCAGGCUGAGAUAGGAGUGUCAUGUCUGCAGUGACUUCAUUGCUUCAGUCGUUGAUACCUCUUUUCGCUUUUCAUCGUAACCAGCUGUUACACUGUUCUCAACAAUUUUCCCUCCAGUCCUUCAGCAACUACGAUCUGAUAUCCUUUCGCUGUUGAAGACAUCGACAGUAUCCAUAAGAUGGCCGAAAAGAAGAACCAGAAUGCUCAGGCGGACGACGCCGAUUAUUCAGACUCGGAGCUUGAAGGGACGCCAGAGUUGCAGAUGGCCAGGAAACAAGUCCAGCAGGGCAAGCAAGAUGAGAAGCUCUCAUUCCGGACCACGAUGCAGCAGCAAAAGUACGAAAAUGCGCUGAAGCUAGCAAAGCGAGAAGCUGGUCUGCAAUCCAACCGAUCACGAAGUGCUUCCCGACGAGCUCGCCGUAAAAGAAUCCAAGAAGCCAUUGAGAGCGGCAAAUACAUGAAGACCGCGUCGCUGGAAGCACUUGAGGAGGCCGACGCCAAUGGUGAGCUCCAGCAAAUGGGCAUGUUCGAACGUAUUGGACCAGACAGCACGAGCAUGGACGGGCCGGUGACGAGGGCGAGAGCUAUGAGAGGAGAAAUCCCUAUGCGAGGAACGGACCCGAAUCAACCAUAUCGCAUGCCAACGGAGAAAUACAAGAGCAAGCUUGACGACACGGACGGACUGAAACUCAAGCUCGAGGCGAAUCUAGACGUUGAGAUUGAACUCAAGGCAUCGCUUCGUGGAGACCUCACCCUCAGCUUAUUUUCAUAAAAUCUCCUCCCUCCUCCCUCCGCUUCUCAGCACGCUGCAGCCUUCAGAGAAUAACUGUUCUUAGUGCAUGAUCGAACACUAUACGGCUGACGAGCUGCGUCUACAGGGAAUGAAUGACUUACGUCAUUCUCAUUGACUUUUGUAUUGUCUUUCGAUAAUGUCGUCGGUGUUGGGGUGCUCUCAAACAAUGGACUUUUUGCCAAGCGCUUCCCGUUUUGUGUUACAUUACCUGUCCAAUCGAAAAUCAUAACCUUAAUCGCGACUCUGCACCAUCCUACUUCUACUGUGCCACUAACAUAACGCUUAGCUCUUCGUUGCUUCCAGACAAUUUAUUAGGGGACGGACUGCUUAGUUGAUCUGGAAGUAUUUUGCUACAGAUGCAUAGACGGCUCUAUGCUACGGCGGAAUCACAUCUUCCUUACUCCCCACCGUCGAUGUUCAAACUGUGUUGCAUGCUGAAAUGAAGUCCAUAUAUGAGAUACUGACCAAUGCAAGUAUCGUCCGGUCUGGGUCACAGUCUUAUAGCAUCCAGUCUCAAGCUGGUUGCGAUGUUUGAAGCGUUUUGACUUCGGCCGUAUUACGUAAUGUACCUACAGUUUGCCCCCGAGUAUGUACGUCACUC